CAUUCUCAACAAAGUCUCGAAAAAAAAAAAAAUCCUACUUUCAUAAGGCUGUGAGAUAGUAUCUACUGAUGGCACUGUGGGCCAUACACGAUCAGUUUGGCUGGUUUUGCGGCGUUGAAACACGCCAGGAUAUUGACAAAAAUGACACCGGUGUUGACAGCCGAGAUGGUACCGUGGAGCGAGCCGAUCCGGACCCAUGGCUCGGUCAUCAGUGCGCGGUCAGCGCUGUCAACACCACGGUGCAUGUGCUCAUCAUGCUUUCAUUUGUGGCAACUUUAACCACCCUUGCAUUCUGCUCAAAUGUCUCCAAAGUCAACAGGACGAAACAACUGAGAAAAUGCCGUGGACAUACACUCCGUUGGCUGCUAAUUAUCGUGACUUUAAUUGCGGUUUCUUUCGGAAUAGCUGAGGGUGUUUUGACGGAUUCAACCCGCCCGAUUUACAACUCAACCCAACCGUACCUUUACUUGCCUAACAUUGGUGCUCUCGUUACAACUUUAAUUGCUGCAUUUUACUACAACUCUUUGGAGAUAUGGGGAACUUUUGCAAUGUCUCUUUUGACUUUGCUCUAUUGGUGCUUGUGUUUAACCGGACAGGCUUUUAAAUUGUGGGGUUUGAGUCAACUUGGUUUGUGUAGUGUCCAAGUUGUUCGCUUUGUCUUGACGGUUUUUAUGCUUUGUGCAUACAGUGCUCUCAUUUUGUUGGAUCUUGUCAACCUACCUAUGAUUUUAUGUAGAAGUCCGUCCUAUGGACUAACACCAACUGAGGAUUUCAUGCAAGACGACAUGCAUUACAUCCAUGACUCUGUCAGUGUUCCAUCCCAAAUCACUUUCUCCUGGCUGACUCGGCUGUUCCGUCUUGGAAGGAAACGCCCUCUGGUGCACAAAGACUUAGGCACGCUACCACGGCAUCACACAGCUCAAGAAAAUUACAGGCAGUUUAAUGAGAUGUUUCAGAGGGAAAAGGCAAAUGCUCUAAGGAACAAUCAAAGUGUCUCCCUAUUCAAAGUCUUCUGUCGUAUCUGUGGCAUCAAACUACUGGGUGCAGCGCUGCUGAAACUAGUGUCGUCACUGUCCAAGUUUAUUGUGCCAUUAACAAUCAGAGGCAUUGUCAUAUAUGUAUCAGAAAAAAACUAUCCAGAAGCACGUGAUGCUCAAUCAGAGCAGCAACAUUUUAUCACCAUCAGUGAGUUCUUCUCUGAUGGCUGGGUUCUGCUCUGUGUACUCUUCAUCUCCAAGGUGACCACCGUCUUGUGUAUGAGGAUGAGCCAGUACUACCUGACCAUUCAAGCUGUUCAUGUACGAGCAUCUAUCCAGGGAAUGGUAUACAAGAAGUCACUUCAACUUUCCCUGGGCGGGAGCAGUUCUGUCUCCGCUGGUAAACUGGUGAACUUCAUGUCCACUGACCCAGCAAACAUGCAGCAGAUGGUCCUGGAGCUGUUCUCAAUGUUUGUUACUUGUAUAUCGAUCCUUAUUACGGUGGCUCUGCUCUACAUCAUCUUAGGUGUAUCUGCUCUUAUUGGUGCUGCUAUUCUACUCCUCCUCAUGCCAUUCAUGACCCUGGCAGGAAAGGGUAUGUCUAAAUACCAGAAGAAAGCAUUGAUUUUAUCUGAUGACAGACUGAAGUACUGCACAGAGCUCCUACGUGGCAUGAAGCUCGUCAAGAUGUACGGAUGGGAGGAUUUAUUCUGCAAGACCAUUGAAUCAUUCAGGAAAAUGGAACUACUAGCUAUCCUCCUCAAAAAUGUCUGCUUUGCAAUAUCAACCACCAUUGCAUCAUCCGGCCCUAUCCUUAUUACGUUAAUAUCAUUUGGUACGUACACCUACAUUUCGGGCCGUGCGCUGACCCCUGAAGUUGCCCUCCCAUCGUUAUCACUCUUCGUUCUAUAUGAGAACUCCCUCUUCUAUUUCCCGCUCUACAUCUCCUACAUGGUGACUGGGUUCAUCAGUAUGAGAAGGCUGCAGAAAUUCCUCAUGAGGUCAGAGGUCGAGUCUUCACGCAGUGAGAAAGAUACUGAUUGCCAUAAUGGGGUCACAGACAAUGAUUUGCAAGUGAAACUCUCCUGGAAGGCGCCAUCGUCAACAAGGAAUGGUGGCUCAUCCUCCUCACAUGACGCUGAGAGCAAAGGCCAGGGAGGAGAGGAUGGUGCAGAGCAACGUGAACUGCAAAUUAUUCCAACUGAAGAUAACCAUAAAGAUACAGCAACAUUUCCAGCAAGAAUAGCUGUGAAGAUUGAGGAUGGCGUCUUCACAUGGGAUUCAGACUCUGAUGCAGUGUUACAUGAUAUCAAUAUAGAGAUACCAGGCGGUGAGCUGACAGUCAUCGUUGGUAGUGUAGGUAGUGGCAAGUCUUCCAUCCUCUGUGCCCUUCUGGGUGAGAUGACAACAGUCAGCGGUUGUGUACAUCUACGGCACAGGGAUAUUGCGUAUGUUGCACAGCGCCCAUGGAUCAUCAAUGCCUCAGUUAGGGAUAAUAUUCUCUUAGGAUGUGCCAUGGAUGACACAAGGUAUAAUGAGGUGGUGUCAGCAUGUGCCCUGAAGCAGGACUUUGAGCAACUACCAGCCGGAGACCUGACAGAGAUCGGAGAGAAGGGGGUCAACCUCAGCGGUGGUCAGAAGCAAAGGGUCAGCCUCGCGAGGGCGCUCUAUUCAAACAAGAAAAUUGUCGUCAUGGAUGACCCACUGUCUGCUCUGGAUGCACACGUCAGUCAGCACAUCGUUCACAUAGGCAUUAUGGGAUGGCUGAGAACAGAAGACAGGACGACCAUCUUGGUAACUAACCAGUUACAGUAUCUACAGCAAGCUGACCAGAUUCUUGUGAUGGACGGUGGGAGAGUAACUCACCAGGGAACCUUGGAAGAGAUCAAGACGGCUGACCCAGACCUCCACCAAUCAUGGUCUGAUCUACUGGUAUCCAACCAAUCAGGACCAGAGGAUACUUAUCAAUAUACAGCUGAGCAAACCGACACCACGCUUGGGGUUGGACGUCGGAAAAGCGUUCUGAAGGGCAAGGAUUUCAAGACUGGAACGGAAGGAGCAACACCUCAAGGAGAAAAUGGUAAACUCAUCCAAACAGAGGAGCGUAAAACCGGUACAGUCUCCUACAAGGUUUACCUCUACCUACUUAAGAAGACCGGCUUCUCAUUGAUGACCUGGGUCAUCGCCUUGGUGAUAUUCAACAUCUGCUUGAUGGGAAAGGCGUUGAAACUGGCUGAGUGGGCUGAGGCCGGACUGACUAAUACAAAUGCUACAUCGCACGCAGAACCCUACAUAGCUGGCUACACUUUAUGGUCCAGUGCAGGUAUUCUAGCUAACAUUGUAAGCGACUGUUGCCGCACCAUGGCCGUGUUCUAUGCCACCAGGAAUCUCUUCAGUGGGCUGUUGCACAAUGUGUCACAUCUCUCUCUAAGGUUCUUUGAUACAACGCCAAUUGGACGAAUUCUCAACAGAUUCUCCAGUGACACGAACCACAUUGACCAAUACUUGUUCCUCAAUCUGGAUGCGGUGUUAUUCAACGUAUGUAAAGGCAUAUUCAGCGUCCUCUUGGAUGUGAUAAUCGCACCGGCAUAUCUCCUAGCUGUUGUCCCCCUGGCAGUCAUGAACGCUCUGAUGGUCAAAUUGUUUUUGGCCUCAUCCAGAGAGGUGAAACGUCUUGAGAGUGUUUCCAGGUCACCUAUCCUAGCUCGCUUCUCACAGACCCUGGAUGGACUGUCAACUAUUAGAGCCUAUGGUUACGAGCGGGAUUUCUUUAACACAUUCCUUGGGAGUAUCAAUGAUAACUGUACAGCGUUUCUAUAUCUAAAGAUAUGCAACCUCUGGCUCAACACAAGACUGGAUAUCUUAUCAGCAGUUAUGGUACUGAGUGCGGGCGUUACAGCUUUAGUAACUUCAUCAAUCUUUGGACUAUCUGCAAGUCUAGUUGGUCUGUCCAUCGCAGUGGCUUUAAGGACCUCCAAUUUAAUCAGUUAUGCUGCACGGUACUAUGGAGAGCUAGAGAUCCGUAUGAAUGCUGUGGAGCGAGUGGAGCAUUACACACUUCUUCCAACAGAGAAAUAUCACGGUAUUGUGCCGACAGCGGACUGGCCAGCCAGCGGAGCAAUUGAAUUCAGUAAGGUGUCGGCUCGUUAUGACAUCACAUUGGAACCUGUGCUUCAUCAGAUCAGCCUCAAGAUCAGUCCAGGAGAAAAGGUUGGUAUUUGUGGACGGACAGGUAGUGGGAAGUCUUCAUUAACUCUGGCACUACUUCAGCUCAUUGACAUAAAUGAAGGAUCCAUUAUAAUUGAUGGUUUGGAUAUCUCGCGGGUCUCUCUUACCGUCCUACGUCAGUGUCUUUCAGUCAUCCCUCAGGAUCCAAUUCUCUUUGCAGGAACCAUCAGGAAAAAUUUGGAUCCAACUGGAAAGACAACUGAUAAUGAACUAUGGGAAGCUUUGGAGAUUUCCCAAGUCAAAGGUCUGGUGUCUGAACUCGGCGGACUAGAUUUCCAGGUUUCAGAAGGUGGAGAAAACUUCAGUGUCGGUCAGCGUCAGCUGUUCUGCUUGGCGAGGGCGUUCCUGCGUAAGUCUCACAUCCUGAUCAUGGAUGAAGCAACAGCGUCAAUUGACUUAGAAAUGGACCGGACCUUGCAGCAAGUAGUUAGUGAAGCCUUCAAAGACCAAACUGUCCUGACUGUUGCACAUCGUGUGGCGACCAUCAUGAAAUGUGACACCAUCAUAGUCAUGAGCGACGGGGAGAUUAUGGAGAAGGGGUCACCCAAGGAGCUGUUGGCAAAACCUGACGGGGAGUUUGCGUCUCUCGUCCAGGCAAGCAGUCAAAGCCUUAGUUGACGGACAGACGCCCUCAAUCCCGAUCAAGAAAGAUCAUCGUUAUCAUCCGUCCAGGAUUAGGAGCAACUGAAGCCGGAAGGUCAGACACAAAUUUCAACUUCUCUACUGUACUCUAUUAAUCUUGACUGUGAUGCGUGCCACAAUGCAGUCCGUGCCCUGAUCCUAUCCAAGCUGGACUACUGCUGUUGUUUGCUGAAUGGUGUCUCAAAGAAAUACAUAGCUUGCCUCCAACGACUUCAAAACAGAUGUGCUAGGCUAAACUUCCAGAUGGCGUCUCUAGCCCAAUGAAACGAGUUCCGCACACUGGUCCAUGCCAUAACUCAUUAAGAUCACAUGGCUCCAGAUUAUUUCUCUUCACUUUUUGAAAUCCGUGACUACCAGUACAUAGUCCGUUUGAAGCUAUGAUGCCGUCUCCCUUGUGGUGAAGAAGUCUCGCAAACUAGCUGCUACUCUACUCUACUCUACUAUAACCCAGAGCUGUUAGGCUGUUGGGGCAAAGAGAUGGCAGCAACAACACACUUCCUCCACAACUCUCGAUCGUCAGCGAUCCUUAGUAAUUUCUCCUUUGCCCAAGAGCUGCUUAAGCAGAAAACAUUCCUUAACAAUUGUCUGCUAAGCAGAAAUGAGCAGGAUACUAAUCACAAUUUGCACAUGUGGAAUGGUUGUUUGGCCGGUAACCUUAUUCUGUUAAGCAUAAUUUUGUUGUGCUUAUCUACUUGUUGUGCUCAAGCAGCUCUAUAUACUUUGGCCCAGUUCAGUCCUGUUCAUUCCUUCACAUUGUCGACCCAUGUCUGAGGUGGUCGGCCUCUUUUUCUGGUGCUGUUUUGAAAAUUAAGCAUGUCGUUUGCCUAGAGGUUAUGCACCAACCUUUGAAGAUGCAUUCAUAAAUACCUAAGACAGUUUAUCUAUUCUGAUUGGUUGAGGGGUAUCUAGAGGUGUUGUUUGA